UUCUACACCCAACUCUAUACACAUCUAUAGAGAUCGAGAGACCAAAACAAGAUGGCUUUCCAAGUUGCAGUCUUCACCAUCCUAGGGCUAGCAUUUGUAGCCCAAAUUGCUGUUGCUCAAAGCGUGGCAGAUAUCGUUACAGUGGACUUCUUCAACGGGAUUAUUAACCAAGCUGCCGCUGAUUGUGCCGGCAAGAGCUUCUACACCAGAGAUGCUUUUCUCAAUGCCGUAGGCUCUUACCCCAAUUUCGGUACCUCCGGUUCCGCUGAUGAGAAUAAAAGGGAAAUUGCAGCUUUCUUUGCUCACGUCACUCAUGAGACUGGCCAUUUUUGCUACAUUGAAGAGAUAAAUAAGAGCACCUACUGCGACACGACCAGAACAGACUACCCAUGCAACGCCAACAAGCAGUACUACGGGCGUGGACCACUCCAGCUCACCUGGAACUACAAUUACGGAGCUGCCGGAAAUGCCAUUGGCUUUGACGGCUUGAACUCCCCCGAAACGGUGGCUCAAGACCCCGUGAUAGCAUUCAAGACAGGCUUGUGGUAUUGGAUGACCAAUGUUCACUCCGUUAUAGGCCAAGGAUUCGGAGCCACAACUCGAGCCAUCAACGGUGCUGUGGAAUGUGAUGGCAAAUCCCCAGCCACUGUUCAAGCUCGCGCCGACUAUUACACUAACUACUGCACCCAAUUUAAUGUUGCUCCCGGUGACAAUCUCUUGUGCUAGACAUAUUUAUAUUUUUACAUGUUGACUGAUUGGAAUAAAUUAAUAAAAGUGCAGCUUGCCUAAAAGAAAAUAAUAUCAGCCUCAUCUCUCUCAAACAUGCAUGAUAUUUUGUCGAUGUAUCAUGCAUGUUAAAUCCAUGAAAGGAGAGGACUACCUCCUAUUGUGUAGUCCACUCAUCAAAUAAUUAAAUAAAGAGCUUGAAAUUUUUACGAGCUUGGUUAGUUGAA